UACGUACUGCCUUGUGAUGCAGUACAAGUAUAAAUACAAAUGACAAAGCAUUUGUAAAUCCUAAAACAUAAUUAAAUCAUACGGCACAUUUAAGAUUUUAAUAUCGUAUUUCAGCCGCGUUUAUACUGUUUGGCGCAUUCGCUGCGUUAUAUUCAUUUACAUGUAUAUACACAGAAAGCAUGUCAUUGUCCUUGCAGACCAUAGGCAAAAAGCAUUUGUCAACCAUGCACAUACCAAAUUUAAGCAAUCGUUAAAUCAUAUACAUGUUAUGGAAAGAUUAUGGAAAUAAUGUUGAAUGAAAGCUAGCAUCGCGUAUAAUAUUAUAAAAGCACCGCAUAUAGUGCUCGAACCACUGCGUAUAAUUGCAAAAGCAUCGCGUAUAUAAAUGGUGAAAGCACCGCGUAUAAUGGCGAAAGCACCGUGUAUAAUGCCAAAAGCACCGCCAUUAUACGGCGGUGCUUUUGGCAUUAUACACGGUGCUUUCGCCAUUAUACGCGGUGCUUUAAUUCACCAUUUAUAUACGCGAUGCUUUUGCAAUUAUACGCAGUGGUUCGAGCACUAUAUGCGGUGCUUUUAUAAUAUUAUACGCGAUGCUAGCUUUCAUUCAACAUUAUUUCCAUAGUCUUUCCAUGACAUGUAUAUGAUUUAACCCAACAAAAUGCCGUUUGAUCACUUUAAGCCAGCUAUGGCUUUCCAUAAAAGAAGACCAAAGAUGAAACAUGAUCACAUUGCCUGUUUGCCUUAUGCCUGACCGCGCUGCACCACGGUUAAAUUCACUGGUACCGUCAUGCAAUGCGCCAAAUAGAAAAUUUUGAUUUCGACCCACAAAACAAAAUUAGGAUCUGCUGCCUUGCUCGCUCGCUUCAGGCUCGCUCGCUACGGCAGCAAUUAGCAUUUCCGGCGUCUCUCCUUUCAUACCCUGCGAAUUUUUCGGCAUGCGGCAAAAUUUCCGCUUUAUUAUACUUCAUAUUCUUCAUAUCAACAGUUUGAGAAAAUAUUUUAAUCAUUUUUAAAAACAAAAUUGUUGCUUAUUUCGAUUUAUAAUGAUAUUUGUGUGUAUUUUAUGAUUUUCGCCCACAGCCGAAGGCUUUAAGAGUUUAAGGCCAAGUAAAAAAAAAUUAGUAGUUUCUCGUCCCCGCCCGCAUCCUUUUUCCCUUCCGCAUGGAUUUUUUAUUUUAUUUUUUUUUAUAUUCGAGCCUUUCAAAGAAUUUCCACUUACAUAUUUCGGCCAUUUUGCUCCUUUCGGCCAUUUUCCUCCAUCGUUUGCCUUCGGAACUUUUCGUUAACUCUCGCUUGCUGUUCGGUACUUCGACCCGCCAUACGCCCCGCUGUCUUACAGCUUACCGGGUAAACUUUUAAGAGCAAUAUUUGAAGGUUUAACAAAAAAAACGCCCGCGUUCUCAUUUUUUUUCAAAAUUUGGACGAGAAACUACUAAUUUUUUUUUACUUGGCCUAAACGAGUUAACCGGUAUUAUAAAAAUACCGGUUUUUCUCCGGUCUUUUGUGUGGAAAAUGUGAAAAUAUGACAACGUAGCGAUGGUGUUUAUCCAGAAGCGAAACUCCGGCUUUAAUGUCAAUAUACAGAUUAUUCCGUGAAAAAUCAAGAGAAUUAUGGAACGAAAGUUUAUUUUAUAAUUUGACAUUAAUAUGAUUUAAGAAAACAAGAGGUCAAAAAACGUCAGAUGUUAUUGAUUCGCAUGGAAAAAUAUGAACUGUGCCUUGUGGCUCGAAGACAUUGCGCAAGCAGCAUACACGUUUAAAAAUUGAGGUACUCAGUAAACAUACGCAUUUGGAUACAAAAUAAUUACGCAAAUACAUCUGCUCUGUUCUAGAACGCCUAGAACAUUUGGAACACUGUUCUGCUCUGACUGUUCUGGAACGAUAUGAAGAGUGCACACGGUGUUCUGGAACAAUGUUUAAUUUAUUGUAUAUAUGCGUGCAACCAUGCAUUACUAUAUCAUUAGUUAUUCGCAUAAUAAAUCGUAUAAUGAUAAAUAUUCCAGGUUUUAUGUAGAUCGGCGGUCGGACAGCGAUCAUUUGAACACCGAGCAGUAGUCUGUAUCUCUCUAGAAUUCUCUAUACCUAGUAGUAUUACUGAACAUGAUAAUUGUAAAAACUUUAAUUUAAAAUAAUAUAAUUUUUUAUAACUACUUGCUUGAACUGUUAAAGUGCACCUAACCUCAAUUAUUUUAACAUCUCAUUCCUAAGAAUCUUUGAAAUGAUAUUAUAACUUAUUUUGAAGAUUUUCGUUUGCGGUUUGCACACUUUGUCUUUGAGUUAUUUCAGUUUUAUUGACAUGCAAAUGUACGGAAUUUACGUCACAUAUAACUAAUGACUGAUCAAAGAAUGUAAUAAGGUAGAGUUAAAUAUCAUGAAAAUGAUGAAAUAAAAAGGCUACUGAAAUGGUGUUUUACAUAGGUAUGUAAUCCUCCCACAACUCCAAACUUCAUUUUAAUGAAUUAAACUCGAUAGUGAAUACGACUGAUACAAGCUUUUACUUCAGGGGCCGGUUGUAUAAAAACGUAGUUAGCGCUAACUGCAGUUAAAAAGUAGUUAACUCUUUUUCGUUCGCUGCUGAAAUAACCAGGGGCCGUUGUAUAAAACUCUUAAUCACUUUUUUAAUCACUAUUUUGUAGUUAAAUAGUGAUUAACUCUCAAAUACGCGCUUUUUAUUGGAUGACGUUUCCACUAACUAUAGUUAACUUUAAUCACUUUUUUAUACAAUCGGCCCCAGAGCUUUUACUUUAAAUCAUUAGCUAUGCAUUUGUGACGUAAAUUCAGGAUAUUUGCUUGCCAAACAAACUGAAAUAUCUCAGAAACAAAGUGAGCAAACAAAAAUGUUCAAAAUAAGUUAUUAUAUCAUUUCAGAAGUUCUUAAAGAAUGAGGUUAUAAAAAUAGUUGAGGCUAGGUGCACUUUAACGAAAAAUGAAUUUUAUCUUAUACCAUCGAUUUUAUAGACUGUAAAUUAAAUACAUAAUAGAAUAAUUUAGACAUAAUUGUACAUGUAAAUUAAUCUGAAAAACCAAUGUUUGGCGAUUUAAUUUAACAUAUAUGCUAUCGGCAAUGAUUUGCUGUUAUUUGUAUAUCUAAGUAUGUUUUUGUAACGUUUUUACUCGUUGAUUCAAAUAACAUAUAAUAAGUGUGUGUCAAUAUAUAGCGGUUAUAACCCUUAAAAAUAACACUCUAUGAAGUGUGUAUUGGAUACACAAAAUAUGUCGCCUCCAUUUCCAAUCACGUGAAAAUGGGCAGUGUCACGUAUUUCUGUUCUAGCUGCCCCUACUUUGAAGUUGGGGCAGCCAAAACAGUUCCGAACAGUCAUGUGAACGUGUCAUAAAUGCCAUAAAGUGACUAAAAUCCGGAGUACACGAACAGUAAAUGGAGCCGGAGCCCCCGUUUAUUGCUUUCUUUAAGCCUACCUCGCUUGUUAGAGGUUAGGGGCGGGGUUGGGGUGGGAGACAGGGAUCAACACUGAUACAUUAUAAUAAGGGUCACACGAAAUAUAUACCGUGUUCAGCACUUUUUUCCGCUGGAUUGUGUGUUCAGCUCCCUUUGCGGACUCAUUUUAUCCGUAUAUGGAACUCGUGACCAUAUUUGGCGGGAUGACGUUCUGAGAGGUUACUCUACUUCAUCCAUUUUUUGAUUUGGUUCUAAAGUCCCCUGUUGCUCUUGUAUGUCCACGGCUGUUUCGUCUUCGGCAUUAUUCUCAUUGGCCAAUGUAGUGUCCUUAGAUACAGUAUCGUAUUACAUCUUAAACUAAUUACCUUAUGCUUGUAUAUAAUAGUUAUUUCUUAAUAUCACAUUACAUUAUUAUUGCACACAAGUGCGUGCGUGUGUUCGAUUCGAGGUUAUAAUAUAAACACAACAUCUGGCGACGAGGAUACUUAAACAAAAAACGAAGUUUACGAAUCCAUCGCUUCUGUACUGCGUACACCACUUCUAUAAUCCAGAUAUCUACUGAACAGUCCUUCGACGCAAGGAAAUCACGCCAAAUUCCACGACAGACAUUGCGAAUUUGCGGUCAAUAUCAAGCACGAAUCAACAGCGCCGCGCCACAACAUUCAGUCCGUAUGGCUACAUCACUACCCGUUUUUCCACCGUUUGACGUUCACCUUGACCCUAAUGCUGGUCCACGUUGGACCAAAUGGCUUACUCGCUUUGAACGCUUAAUUGUUGGCAUGAAUAUAACUGAUGCUACCCAGAAACGAGCGUUGUUAUUACACUACGCUGGCCCAGAUGUUGACGAUAUUUUUGAAACACUACCCGACACGGGUGAAGACAAAGAUUAUAAAAAAGCUGUAGAAUGUUUAAACACGUAUUUCGUUCCGAAAGUCAACAUGGUCUACGAGGAAUAUCAAUUUCGUCAGGCAAAACUGACAGCGCUCGAAUGAAAACCUAGCUUCGUAUCAUACCCGGCUUAGACAGCUUGCUAAACACUGCGGUUUUGCUGACGUUGACAAAGAAAUUCGCACACAAAUUGUCUUCAGCUGUACCUCUCACAAGCUUAGACUACGUGCCCUUCGCGAGGACCUCAGUCUUACAGCCCUUCUCGAAGCCGGUCGUGUAGCUGAGAUCACUGAUCGACAAGCCAGAGACAUUCAACCUACCAAUACUGACCAAAGCGUCAAUGCCCUUCCCUCACGUAACAAACCAUAUCCUGUCCACCCGGAUCCGAAUGCUCCGCCCCACACUCCCAACAAUCAACGACCACACACUCAUUCUCUCUGUCGAAAUUGCGGCGGACCGUUUCCUCAUGCUAUUUCCUGCCCUGCCAACGGGAAAACGUGUCGUUCUUGUGGCAAAAAUGGACAUUUUGCCAAAGUUUGUCGCUCCAGACCCCAGCAACGCCCUCGUUUUGUCCAACAAAUAGCUGAUGAUCCUGAGCAAGACCCUGCCUAUACCGUUGUUAUCCACUCCGAGCCGCAAGUCCUCAACACCUUUUCGCCAUCCAGUGCGCCCCUCCGCCCCUCUCCAUCUUGCAUCGUUAACAUUGGUGGCCAGCCCAUCUUUGUCCUUGUCGAUUCCGGUGCUUCUGCAAACCUCCUUGAUGAAGCGACCUACAAUUCCAUCACCCAUAACACGCGACUCUCUGCCAUGUUAAACCCUCCCACCACCAAAAUAUACUCCUACGGCUCCACCACUCCUUUACCUUUACUCGGAAGUUGGUCCACCUCUGUUCGUCAUAAGUCCACAACUGUUAAUGCUACGUUCCACGUCACAAAAGGCAACAGUGGCAAUCUUCUCAGUUGCACUACCGCCCAACAACUCAACCUAUUAACCCUUAACGUUAAUUCCACCAUGUCUGCUCAAACCAUCCUCCAUGCCUUCCCUCAUCUGUUUGACGGCAUUGGCCAGGUUAAAGGGAAAGAAAUCAAGCUCCAUAUCUCAAACACUGUAACCCCAAAGCAACAGCCACAACGCCGCAUUCCUUUCCACGUACGCAAAGACGUUGAGCAAGAACUGAAACGCCUCGAACAGCUCGACAUCAUUGAAGCCGUUGACGGGCCAACGCCAUGGGUAAGUCCCAUUGUGGUGGUACCCAAGAAAUCAGGUGAAAUACGUAUAUGUGUUGACAUGCGUGAAGCCAACAAGGCAAUCGGAAGAGAAAAGCACCUCAUGCCAACCUUAGAUGACCUCAUCGCCGACUUGAACGGAGCGUCCGUUUUUAGCACCCUUGAUCUUGCUUCCGGUUACCACCAGCUAACCCUAGCCCCAGAAAGUCGUCACAUCACCACCUUCAGCACCCACGUUGGGCUACGUCGAUACAAGCGCCUGAUGUUUGGUAUCAACGCUGCAUCCGAGAUAUUCCAGAACGCCAUCGCUGAACUGCUUGCUGGACUACCCGGAUGCAAGAAUAUCUCUGAUGAUAUUAUUGUGUACGGAAAAGACCAACUCGAACAUGAUCUUAACCUCCAAGCUGUCCUUCAACGCCUCUCAGAUUACAACGUGCGCUUAAACAAGGACAAAUGCCACUUUUCUCAGUCCCAAGUGUGUUUCUAUGGUCAUAUCUUCAGCGCUAAAGGAGUCCAAGCCGAUCCUGCGAAAAUCGACUCCAUCCAACAAGCCCGCGCUCCUCAAAACGUCAGCGAAGUUAAGUCUCUGCUUGGUUUGUCCCAAUACGUCUCUCGAUUCAUCUCCGACUACUCUACUAUCACUGCUCCACUACGUGCUCUCACUCGAACUGACGCCGAGUGGAAAUGGACGACCGACGAACAAACGUCCCUCAACAACCUGAAAGCAGCGCUAACGGGACAGAACGUAAUGUCCUACUUUGAUCAAAACAAGCCAACUGAAAUCAUCGUCGAUGUCAACCCUGUCGGUCUCGCUGCCCUUCUCGUUCAAGAUGGAAAAGUCAUCAGCUACGCCAGUCGCGCUUUAUCUGACGUCGAAAGUCGUUACUCGCAGACGGAACGCGAAAUGUUAGCCGUCGUUUGGGGAGUUGAACACUUUCAUCUUUACGUCUACGGCUCACAUUUUCAGAUCAUCACGGAUCAUAAACCUCUUCUCGGCAUCUUCAAGACCCAGAAACCUGCAACACCGCGCAUGGAUCGAUGGAAACUCCGCCUCAUGCCUUAUAAUUGCCAGUUACAAUAUCGCCCUGGGAAAGACAACCCCGCUGACUUCAUGAGCCGCCAUCCCAAACCAGUAAAUUUCAUAAACGAAACUGAGAACUUAGCUGAACUUUACGCAAAUUAUGUUUGCUCGAAUGCCAUUCCCAAAGCCAUGACUCGUGAAGAAGUCAAACUUGAAACCAAGCUGGACCCUCUCCUCCAAAAAGUAGCCACCGCGAUUUCCCUCAACAACUGGACCGAUCCAACUGUCGAACGCUACCGCCGUUUCCAAGACGAAUUGAUGGUCUGUGACGAAGUUAUCCUCCGUGGAAACCGUAUUGUUCUCCCACAGUCCCUGCACAAUCGAGCCAUCGAGUUAGCCCACCUUGGCCAUCAAGGCAUUGUUAAAACAAAGCAACUCCUACGCGAAAAAGUCUGGUUUCCAGACAUUGACAAAAUGGUUGAAGCCAACGUCAAGAUGUGUUUGCCCUGUCAAGCCUCUACCCCAGGAACGUCUUCACCUCCAGAACCACUGAAACCCUCCCCGCUCCCAGAGAAAGCGUGGACCAAUGUAGCAGUUGAUUUCGUUGGACCAUUCCCCACAGGCGAAUACCUGAUAGUCGUGAUUGAUGAAUACAGUCGAUACCCCGAAGUCGAAAUUCUCACCACAACAUCCGCGAAAGCCGCAAUUCCAAAGCUUGAUGCCAUAUUCUCCAGACAAGGCAUCCCUGAGAUUCUCAAGUCAGAUAAUGGCCCUCCAUUUAAUGGUGAAGAGUUUGAGAACUUUGCUAACCACCUCGGUUUUAAGCACCGCAAGAUAACCCCAUACUGGCCAAGAGCCAACGGCGAAGCUGAACGCUUCAUGAAAACUAUCGAGAAAGCAAUUCGAGCUGCCACUGUUGAAGGUCGGAACUGGAAACAAGCCAUGUAUACCUUCCUUUGCCAGUAUCGUGCCACACCACAUAUCACCAUCUCCGUAUCCCCCAGCGAAGCACUAAAUAACCGAAAGCUAAAAACUCACCUUCCAGAUUCCCCAUCAACCACAAGCAACUCCGAGAAAGAUGAGGAGAUACGUAGUCGAGACGAAAAGAACAAAUCAACCAUGAAAUCAUACAGCGACAAACGAAAUCGUGCCAAGCCAAACAACAUCACCCUCGGCGACACUGUCCUCCUACGACGACCGAAAUUGAAUAAACUGUCCACACCAUUUGACCCUGAGCCCUUCCACGUUGUAGCAGUUAAGAACUCGAUGAUCACCGCAAGAAACAGGCUCAGAACAGUAACGCGCAAUUCCUCCUUCUUUAAGAAAAUACCUCAUCUCCCUGUUCAUCUCGAAACCUCCGACGACGAAGACCACCCACCUGAAACAAACACCCAACCUUCACAACCGCCUUCGCCACCACUGAGGAGAUCCUCUCGACAACCAAGACAGCCGGAACGCUAUGGUUAUGCGAACGCAACAAUAUAUACAUUUUGAAACGUAGCACAAUUUUAGUUUAUUGACAACUACGAACUGAUAAUCGUUAAAGGUGAUCUACAGUCCGAUCUGCGCAUGUGCACAAAUGAGCCCACUUUUUAUGAUACAAACAGUUUAACUAUGUUUUGAGUUCUUGAAAAGCCUAGUUGUUGUUUCUUGAUCAUUUAUUACACUCUAGAAGCUUGAAAAUAUAAAUAGUUGUCGAAUAAAGCUCAAUAUUUUGGACACAAAAAUGUAAACAAAGGCUUUGUUUACAUACGGACUGUAGAUCACCUUUAACUAACAUUUUUAGAUUUAAAAGAAAAAACAUUUUAUAAAGAAGGGGAGGGAUGUAGUGUCCUUAGAUACAGUAUCGUAUUACAUCUUAAACUAAUUACCUUAUGCUUGUAUAUAAUAGUUAUUUCUUAAUAUCACAUUACAUUAUUAUUGCACACAAGUGCGUGCGUGUGUUCGAUUCGAGGUUAUAAUAUAAACACAACAGCCAAGGCUGGAAUAUCUGAAACUGGUGGCGAGAUCUUGAGUGUCAGUUAUGUUCUGCGGCAAGUAACUGAUCGAUGUGUCUCUUCCAGUUAAGGUCCGGUUCGAGCACGCACAAUCCUUGAAUCCACUUUUCCUUCCCUCUGUAAUUUCACGUACAUUACCAGACAUAGCACCUUUGGGUUUGGCUUGGCUGACUUGUUUGCCUAUAACUUUGCUAUAAUAUGCUUCUGAAUAUCCGGUUUGAUCAAGUCUAACCGUGUGUGUAAAUUUCGUCCCAUGAACAGAGUUGCUGAUGUUUCACCAGUAGUGCAGUGUGGUGUGUUUCUAUAUUUCAUUAAGAAUUUCGAUAGUUUGGUCUGCGUGAAGUCUGGGUCUUCCUUCAUUGAAGUCUGAGAUUGUUUUAUGGUUUGAAUGAACCUUUCUGCUAAGCCGUUAGUAGCUGGAUGAUAUGGUGCUGAAGUUAUGUGUCAGUUUAAAACCGUUUUUCUUUAGAAACAGCUGGAAUUCUUCUGCAGUGAAUUGAGGUCGUUAUGCUAACCAGUUGUUCUGGUAACCCAUUUCGAGCAAACACUGUUCACAGAGCUUCGACAGUUUUAGAGGUGUUUUAGAGCGCAUACAUGAUUGUUACCUCUGGCCAUUUCGAAUAAGCGUCCACGACCACUAAAAACAUCAUUCCCAGAAAUGGUCCUACAAAAUCAACAUGAAUGCGUUGCUGGGGGGGUAGAUGGCCACUCCCAUGGGUGUGAUGGCCACUCCCAUUUGGGUGCAUGUUGAACCCGCUAGCAAACACUGCAUUCUUUUGCUAGCCUUCAGCGGCGGCGGAACAGAUUUCAUUCUGGGGGGUCUAAAUUUUUUCGGCGACCUCCCCCCCCCCCGCGUCGCUUUUUUUCGGACUUAUAUCUAAAAAUUUUUUCCGAAAUAGACUUUUUUUAAACAAAAUAUUGCAAAUUUGUCCCGUCAUACCUAAAUUUUCAAAACAUAACCUCCAUUUUUCCAUAAUUAUCAAACUUUUUUCCAAAAAUUCAAAUUUUCUGGGGGGGCUAAGCCCCCCCACUUUUACUUCUGGGGGGGCUUUAGCCCCCCUAGCCCCCCUGUUCCGCCGCCCCUGCUAGCCUUUCAAUCUUCAGAUCAAUUCCUGGCCACCAGACGUACGUCUUGCCAGAGCUUUCAUUCUGAGCAAACCAACAUGACUUUCAUGUAAUACUUGUAAUACUUUGCUUCUUAACUUUGUGGGAAUGACAACUCUGCUCCCCCACAUAAUACAUCCUUGGUGCAUAGUUAGUUCGUUUCUUCAAGAAUAAAACGGUUGCAGGUUUGAAUCUUUAUUUUCAUGCCAGCCUUUCAUGACAUGCUCAUACACUUGGCCGAGGGUAGAAUCUGGGUGGGUUCCUUUGCGUACAUGCUGGCAAGUGACAUGCAAUAUGUUGAACUGUGACACAUGAAAUGCCUCAGCCGGGUCAACAGACUGAAUUUCUUCAGUUGUUGCUCGAGGUAGACGGGACAAUCCAUCUGCAUUACAAUGCUGUGUUGAACUACAGUGUUCAAUCUCGUAGUAAAACCCUGAAAGAAAUAGUACAUAUUGUUGGAGUCAAGCAGCAGUUGUUGCUGGUUGCCUUGGUUGGACUGAAAAUUACUGUCAAUGGUUUAUGAUCUGUUCGCAGGGUGAAAUGUCGUGCAAAUAUGUAAGUAUGGAAUUUCUUCACACCCUAUACUAAAGCCAAUGCUUCUUUAUCUAGCUGAGAAUAAUGUUUUUCAGUUUUUUCCCUGACCUUGAAGCAUAAGCUAUAGGUCUUUCAGUAUUAUCACCCAUGACUUGUGUUAAAACUGCCCCAUCCCAUACAGAGAAGCAUCGCAUUCUAACUUGAUUGGGCGUUGAGGGUCAUAAUGUGCAAGAACUUACUUCCUCAGAUGCAAUUAACUCCUUUGCUUUCAGAAAAGUAAGCUGGCAUUCCGAGGUCCAUUUUCACCAUCUUUUUCGAUCAACUCAGGUCUAGUGGUUGAAGUAAGGUAGAAUGGUUUGGAAGGAAAUUGUGCAUGGCAAUAAUUAAUAAAACGAACAAAGGAACGAAAUUGGGAAACAUUCUCAGGACGUGGUGCAUUUAUCACAGAUCAACGCUCAUAUAUCCCGUUCCCCUUUGCGCGGCUAUAAUAUACCAUAGCAUCCACUUUCUGUUGGGACUUUUUAGACCCAGCUUGCUGACCUCAUGACCUCAAUUCGUUCUUUGAAGAACUCACACUCACUGCUGUUGGACCAUGUUUACUAAGUCGGCUGAGAACUUCUACUAGGUCGUCAAGAUGCUCUUGGUCGGUUGGAACAGAAAUGAUCGUCAUCAAGGAAAAAUUGCACAUGGGGAAUCCCUUCCAAUAUCUGAUCCAUAGUUUGUUGCCAGAUUGCGGAGGAAGAUGCUACACCAAUACAAGCCGAUUGUAGUAGAAACUACCUUUGUGGGUAUUAAUUUUUAGUAAUUUCCUUGAUUCUUCUUCCACUUCCAUCUGUAAAUAUGCCUGUCGCAGAUCAAUCUUGCUGAAUUUUUGUCCACCUCCAAGGAAGGCAAAAAUAUCAUCAAUCCUUGGGACGGGAUUGACGGUUUGCUUGAAUUCACUGCACAGUCGAACAUUGCCAUUCUUCUUUAUCACGGGAACCGGGGUUGACCAUUCACUCCAAUCAAAUUUGGUCAAGAUGCCGUCAUCAGUUUGCAACUUGGUCAAAUCAGCCUCAACGUUUGGUCGCAGAACAUAUGACACUUGUCUUGUUUUGUUUUAAGAACUUUGGUUGGCUGGUUUCCUUCAGGUUCAGCUUUGCUUUGGUGGUCUUUAGCAGACCGAUAUCUUCUUCGAAAACAUCAUUAUACUUAUUGAGGAUCUCUUGUAAUCGGGUUGAUUCAUUGCUUUCCAAUCUACAGUAGUGUGAUUUUUUCUAGCCAGUCUCGACCAAAAAUAAGGGCAGGUACCUUUGUUUCGGCCACAUAUAAACUUAGCUUCUGCAUUUCUUCUUUAUACUUAACUUGGACAUUCAAGACUUCUACGGGUUGGAUUCUCUUCCCAGUAUAGGUUUUGAGGACAGUGGUUGUUUGGUGAAGUUUGCUUGGCUUAAACGUCGUGGUAUAUUUACUAAGUGGAAGCACAAUUAGGGCAGAGCCAGUGUCUAAUUCCAUUUGCAGGGAUUCUCCUUCCACUUCAAGAGUUAUCCAGAUUAUAUUAGUGUCGGCUUUGGAAAACCUUGUGCAGUUCUAGGGAUGCCAAGGUGCCCUCGCUAUCAAUAUCCCUUUCGCUUUUAUAUAAUGUUCACAGGAGGUACUGCCUUGGUUUCCCCCCUCAACUCAACUGAAUCUUUCAUGGCCGUUUCCAAAGCUGGUUUCGACAAGUAAGUGUUUCUGAAUAGAUUCAUUAUAUAGUCCACAAACAAAUUCUGUCUCUUAACGAGUCAUUUAACGCUGUACCAAACUCACAAUGUUCGGAUAACUCCUUAAUUUCAGCCACAUAAGUAUUAAUAUUUUUGUCUCUUUUUUGAUCCCGCUUAUGAUAUCUCAAUCGUUCUGCGAUCAAUAGGGACUUGGGCGACAAAUGUCCCUGUAAGAUUUCCACUAUUUCAUUUUGAUUAAAUGAUUUGGUCGAAGGUUUGUCACGAGAAGUCAGUGUUCGUAAUAAACUAUAUGUCUUACCUCCGAUUUCUAUCAUUCCUCGUGGCGAUGACCCCCAAAGCAUCAUGGAUCAUACACCACACUAUCUAAAGACGGGCUGGAACCAUCACCUACCUUUAUACACUGUCGGAUCGAUUACUUUGGGCCUUGGCUUAUUAAAGAUGGACGACGCGAACACAAACGGUAUGGUGUUUUAUUCAUUAAUGCGUUACGUCUUUCCUGGCGAGACGCGGUACCAUAAGAGUGCUACGAUCCGAUCAAGAUACAAACCUCGUAGGAGCUCUUAACGAACUUACAGAAGCCUUGAAGGAAAUGAAUAGAGAGACGUGCGAGAUUUCCUGCUAAAAAACCAAUGCGCCUGGAUGAAUUCCAAACAAACGUUCCAGCUGCUAGUCAUAUCACUCAUAUGGGAGGAUCGUGGGAACGUCAGAUAAGAACCGUUCGUAACAUUCUCGACGCCCUACUAAAUCAGUCUGGAACAACUGAACGAGGCGUCACUGCGCACCUUCGUGUAUGAAACGGAAGCGAUAGUUAAGAGCCGACCAUUGACCAUCAAGUCAACAACCUAACCUCACCCAAACCACUCGUUUACGAUGAUGUCUUGUGUUCUCUUACCACCGCCUGCGGAAUUUCAGAAGGAAGACAUGUACAGUACCUAGUGAAACGCUGGCGAAGAGUGCAAUAUCUGGUAAACCAGUUCUGAUCGCGCUGGUGAAAGAAAUUCCUGUUUUCACUGCAGUAGAGGCAGAACCUCGGCGGAAUAUGCCAACCAGGAAAUAUCGUGUUAUCGGAAGGUAACGUGCCAAGAAAUUGUUGGCGUAUGGCUCGCAUAGAAGAGGCUUAUACUAAUGAGGACGGAAUUGUGCGAAAGGUGAAGCUUGUUAUAAACCGUCCUUCACUGCAUCGAAAGGGAGAGCGUGUUCGUGUCAAAAGCGUGUUGGAACGACCAAUCCAGAAGUUGGUGUUAGUCUUGAAAUUGGAUGGUGAUCAAAAUGAAGAUAAACGAUUCCCGACGGAGAGCCUAACUGGACGAUAUGUUUUAAGAAAAGCUUUAGCACUUUAAGUUUAUACAUUGUAAAUUAUAAUUGUUUGAUUGAACCAAUUUAAGGGAGCCAUGUAACUGUAGGCUCACUUCAGAAUUUAGAACCCAGGCUUUGCACGAACAGUUUUUGGCUCGGCCGCCCGAGCUUGGGCCUGGGGACGAGGAUGCUCAUCUAUGCGAACGUUCGUAUAGUUUACAGCCAUUAACAUUCAGAGACUUGCGAUUUUUUAUAUUUUAUUUCCUAUUUACGUGUAUUUAAAGUAAACGUAAUUCGUUUUACGUCAAGUAAUUCAGGUUUAAUAUACUCAAUGAAACGUUGCGUAAUAACACACGUUGAUUCGGCGAACGUCCGUAGUUAUAGUCGGUGAUCCCGAGCAGUUUUGCGAUUCUUAUUAGAAAAACUAAUUUCUAAUCGGACUUUCUUUGUUUUUUAAACAUACAGGAAAUGUUGAAAAAUUGGGUAAAAAUCGAGAUCUUCCAUUUUCUAGUAAACUGUAGGAAGGCCGAAGCCAACUUAAUAUGAUCUUACGAUAUAUUAGUAUUACAAUGUAUUCUAAACUCCCACAGGUAUUGACGUUAGAGUGAUUUGUAAAUGGUCACUUUUUUGAGACACCCUGUACAUGAAAUACAGUCAGUGUGCAACGGGAAAGGUAAAGUAAGAAAGGUUGAUAGGAGAGUCUAGCCGGAUACAAUUAUCUUUCAUUCUCAUGUACGCUCAGUUAUUUAGAAACACCUCCCUUAAUUGUGCGAUUGUGACACCGGCGGACAAAAGUUUGUUCAAUUCUUCGUCAAACUGCACGGAGAAUUGCAAAUAUCUUGUCGUCUUGCUGGAGGAUUUCAGCAAGAGGGAAUACCCUGCAUGGGCACGAGUUUGGGAUUUCAGCAGACCGAGCAUCGUGAUCGUAACUCGAGAACGGCUGCCAAACUAAACUAGCACCAACUCGCUAUAUGGCGUAGUUGCCUUUUCUCAACAAACGGUGAAUACGAUCGACCGAUAUGAGUCCUGCUCUUGACGUUCGGGUGUUUGGUUUGAUUUCCUUAGUAAUUCGAACAGGCGACGAAGAGUAAUUCGAAGCGGCGACGAUAACAAGACAACUGCAUGGCAAUUGAGGGAAAUACAACUAUACCUGAAAAUAUAAGCAAAACUAGUUUAUACACAGUGUAAGUCAUAUAUUUUGGUGGAGGUAAAAAUUUCAUUGAAUAAUAUCUACUGAAUUCUGCAAAAUACCCCCCCCCCCCACCUCCCUCCCUCCCAACCGUGUCCUGUAUUUACAUUGUAUUUACAUAGACCACAGGGGCCUAGGCUCUAUUUGCCCGCGCCCCAAAUAGAGCCUCAUGGGCCUGUUGUGCAUUAACCUAACUUGUGCAUAGACUGGUACUUUUAAACUUCCAGAAAGUACGAUAUUUGUCACCGAGGACACUUCCAGAAAGUACGAUAUUUGUCAUCUAAUUAAUUAAUGUUAUAAUUCGUUGUUGAAACUUAUUAUAGUUCAAUGCCAAUGAGGAGUAUAUAUGAACUGCUGCCUGUACGGAGCUCGAGAAUUGGAGGUACUAGAAAUAAACAAUUCUGUCGUCUCCAACGUAUCUCCACGAACAAUGAUUGAACCCUUGUGGCUUGUCUUGAACUGAAUCCUCCAAAAUGCAAUGAAAUUUCUUUCAAGCUAGGUUCUGUUUGUUUGAAAUUGGCAGUUUAAAAUGACACUAAAAACCUAAUAUAAAAUAUAAAAAAAAUUAAAUGUCUUGUCGGGCGGUACUUUAUACUAUAUAACGAAAUAUAAAAACAUUUUCACAAGGCUCUUAAAAUACAGUCGGGCGGUGAUGACUGAUGGAGUGAUGAGAAUCAAGGAAUUUAUCGGUUUAUGUGGCCUUAACACUCUGACUUUAUAUAUACAGUAGUUAUAGCGCUUGGCGGCAUGCUAAAGACGCCAUAGCUAGACCAUGAAAACAAGCUUUCGUUGGUAGGGAUGCAACUACCUGAAAUAUAAGGAGAAUUUCGACGUUUAGAGCGAAGGCCCUUCGUAACUGCAGACGAAGGGCCUUCGCUCGAAACGUCGAAAUUCGCCCUUAUAUUUGUCAGGUAGCUGCAUCCCUACCAACGGAAGCUUGUUAAUAUUAUUGGCACUACCUAGUACCUGGCACAUAAAGUUCUAGACCAUAAAAGAUCUUUAUUUCAUGCUGAUAUUAUUGGCAUUCCGGAAGCUUCCUAUGCCCACAGAAUAAAUUCAAAUCUAUCACCUUAUCUGUCAUUCUUAGUCUAAUUUCACGUUCAAACAUUGUUGACGUCACGUGUGUGGCUGGGCAAAUCGCCGUGACGAAGAGCCCACGCCAUAACAUAUCGAAGAGCGAACGUACAAGUCUGGGCUAAAUAAUAGCGAAUAAACUAAGGUCCUUCGCUCAAUAAACAACGCUACACAACCGGCAGUACUUUGGACAAACAGUGCUUUACGAAGCAAGAGUAUUUUUGAUGUUUUCUAACGAGGUAAGACAAAGAAAUGAUCGAUACAAUUUCGUUUCCAACAAUGAUUCAAUUAACCGAGAAUUCCUCAUAGUCAUGUAUGUAAGUUUCAUAGUUACACAAUGUCAUUGUAUUUUAGUAUUCUGCUAUCAUUUCCAAAUAUUCUAAACACAUACUAUAAUGCGAUAUUAGCAUGAAUUCUGUAUGCCGGGAAUGUACAAAUGAGGACACACAAUUCAGUAAUGCGAAUAUCAGGCAUGCCAGUUGCUAGACAUCAAAGCGGGGAUCGGAAUAUUACGGUGUUAUUCAGUUUCACUGUACGCAAAUCGUGUUAAAAGCACGUACUCUAUGAUCGCUAAUCAGUAACGAAUUUGAUGUCCGCUGAUAAAAAUAUGUAUAAAUCGAUCGAGAACGAACGCAAUUCUGUAGUUCAGCGUAUUUAAAAGUGUAGUUACGAAUUGGCGCGCACGUUUUGCUAGUAUUGAUUUUCAUACGUGAUUGCUUCAAUGAAUUGUUCACAUUUCGAUUUUUAUCAGUCGUUCCACGGCACUCGUAAAAAAAGUGAAGACCUAACCUACAUGUAUUAAGAAGUCAAGAACUUUCGAGUGUAUGUCUGAGGGAACUUUUUCUCUCGGCAGAAAUGUACGCAUAUUAAGCAUGACAGUGAGGGGAUAUAAAAUUAUCUUGGCCAACUGAGUCGCGGGAUUAAACAGGAUUUUCCCAGAGAACAAUGAAAUAUUUGCGACUCUAUGGCUACGCGCUGUUUAUAAAGAAUAUCAAAUAUUUUGCAACUUCUUUAUAUCUACGUAGAGAGAGUUUAGAAUAAAACCAGUUUCGAAGAAAACCUCGAAAACUGCAUGCAACUAUGUAGAUAUUAAAUUCGGUCUCACAUGUAAUGCGUAACUAUAAAGCCUUAUUAAACUUUUAUAUGUGGAAUUCACAUACUUUCUUAAUAAAUAGUGUAUUACAUUAUUACUUCACUUUUCAGUAGCCCUAGAAGAAUCUAUUUGUGCUCAGCUAUCAACCUAUUAUAGCCAUGGGAAAUGCCUUUCAAGCGCUUCCUGAUGGGAUGAAAAGAAUUCCAACAAAAUAUCGUGCAGGGAAUAUUUUCCCUGGCAUUUAUAUAUUACGGAAGUGAACGCGUUGUAUUACUUCUUUCAGGCAGUACUAGCGAAU